AUGGAUUUCACAGCCCUCCACCAGUUGCAAUCUCCCGGCAUAGUAUUCAUUCUCUUCUCUUCACUUCACUUCUUUUCAUGCCAUUCCGUCAUAUUCAUAUUUAUCUAUUGGAACGUGGGGAAACUAAACAUCGAACCUCGGCACGUUAGACCUACUCGCCACCGAAUCGCCCAUCGCCACCGCAACAAUAACCAGCAUAAUGAUAAUGAGAAUGAGCAUAAUGACGACGAUAUCUCUGGCGAUGAAUACGGCGGGAAUAUACUUCCAUUUCCAAAAGGGAUCGAUCAUGAAGUUCCGCGUUGGAGUGCGGCUUUCUCGAUGUUCUCGGAGAUGCGCCGAUUGUUGGCUCCCCUUUCGCCCGAAAGUGAGGGAGAGAGUGAUGAGUCGCAGGAUAUCAAUGUAAUGGAGGGGGAGAUGGAGGAGAUGGGAAUGAGGACAAAGGGCAUGCUUCGCUUGGGCUUGGAUCUGGGUCUGGGUCUG